AUGCCGCACAUAAGCACUAUCCCCAAAACCGCCAAAGGGAUGGAUUCCGCAACAAGCAAGCAGUUUAACAUUCAAAUACCGGAACCAAAAGUAAAUGGAACAACUCCAUAUAAUGGAGUAAUGUCGCCAAAUUCCAAUGGGCCACUUUCACCGCCUAUAUUGGAUGCGACUCCUAAAAAACCACCGAAAGCGCCUAUGGCACGAGCAAUACUUCCUGUCAAGAAAUCUAAAACACUGCCAAUUGAAUUUGAGGAAAAAGUGCCACCUAAAAUGUCUACUAAUUUGCUAAAUGGUAAAAAACUAUUUGUUACUAAACCUUUAAAAGAAGUCCAUACCAUCCCUCAAAACACCCCAGAUAAAACCAAAUAUUUAACGACUCGCUCUCCCAGCCCAUCGUAUAGGAGAAGUAUGUCGGUUUCGGUGGAAACAGGUUCUAUAGCAGAGCUAGCAAAGCGUCACGGUUCAAACAGUAACUUACUCAUCUCACGGUCACCGAGUCCUUUAUCAUAUAGUAGUGUAAAAAGUUCAGCUAGCCAAUAUUCGACAUGCAGCAGCAACAGCACAUAUGUUCCGCUAUCUCGAUCUACGAGUAUGACAUCCACACUUUAUAACAGGAGUCCCACUCCUCGAAGACUGUAUCCACAAAGCUGCGAUAAUUCAUAUUCAGUAAAUUUGAAAGAAGAACUUAAAGCUAAAGAACAAGCUCCGGUCGUUUUUGACGCGAAUCUAUCAUUUGUACUGGGAUGCAAAAAGCAACCAGUACGGCAAAGAUUUAAACCGAUUGCAGCACACCUAGAAGAAGGAACCUCAUCGAAUUAUCUAACCUCUAAGAUCGAUAACUUUUUAAUGAGAACUGAUCAUGUUAUGGACGAAUGGAGAAGAUUGGGCCAUAAAGAUGAAGCUGAUCUAGAUAAGUAUUGCGAUGGGAAAAGAAGAAAAAUUGGAAGAUCUAAAUCAGCUACUAAUAUCAUGAUCAAAGGUUUCACUUUAUUCAGCCGCAACGGAAGUAGAGCCAGCAGUGUUUGUCGCUCGUCCAGAGGAAUUUCCGAGGAUAGGACAACAGUCUCUGAAAUGGAUGAGUUGUCAGAAGUUGGAGGUGAAUUAGCUGAGGAGAGGGCGGCAGCGGCGUUAGCUACUGAGAGAGCAGACGCAGAGGCCGCAGAGAGAUUACGCAUAGAGAGAGAUAACAGGGAGCUACUAGCUAACAAUCAGAGACUACAACAGGCAUCGGAACGUCUAGAACUUGAGCUACUUCAUUGGCGCUCGGCAGAGAACGGAGGCGCGGAGCCUUCAGACUCUGAAGGAUCAGAAGCCGAAGUGGGCGCCAACAGUGACAAGUACAAGCGGCGCUUUGAGCGCGCGCACCGGGAGCUGCAACUACUGCGGGCGCAACUACGCCGCCAGCAUGAGGACGACCUCGAACAACUCGUCACUGUUAAGAAGCAACUUGAAAAGAAGGUUCAGGACGCUUACGAGGAGGUGGAAGAGCAACGCGCAGUGGCGGCGCAAUGGAAACGCAAGUUGCAGAAACUUACCAACGAUAUGGCCGAUCUCCGUUCCUUGCUCGAUGAACAGACAUGCCGCAACAACCUGCUAGAGAAGCGGCAGCGCAAGUUCGACGCGGAGCUGCACAGCGCGCACGAGGAGCUGAAGCGGGAGCGCGCCGCCAAGGAGCGGCUGUCGCGCGAGCGCGACCAGGCGCACGCCGAGAAGUACGCGCUCGAGCAGAGCCUCUCUGAAGCUCGUCUAGAACUCGAGCUGAAGGACGAGCGCCUGGCAUCGGCGACGCGCGAGCUGGAGGAGAAGGGCGGCGGCGACGAGGCGGCGGCGCUGCGGCGCGCGCGCGCCGACCUCGAGCGCCGCGUGCGCGACCAGGAGGAGGAGCUGGAUGAGCUGGCCGGACAGAUACAGCUUCUGGAAAGUUCGAAGCUCCGACUAGAGAUGCUUCUAGAACAGCAACGUAAGGAAGCGCGCCUGGAAGCAGUCGCGCGGGACGAGGAGAUGGAGGAGACCCGCGCUAACGCCUCCAAGAAGCUUAAGAUGUUAGAGAGCCAGCUGGAGAGCGAGCACGCGGAGCGGAGUCUGCUGCUGCGGGAGCGCCACGAGCUGGAGCGCCGCCUCGCCUCGCUGGAGGAGACCGCGCGCGCUGAGAACCAGGAGCAGGCGCAGCUCGUGCAGAGGCUUAAGAGGGAUCUGAAAAGAUACCGCGCCCUGCUCCGCGACGCACAAACGAUGCUCGAACAGAAGGAGAAGGAGGGAGGCGGUAAGGCGCAGAUCAGGCAGUUAAAGAAUCAGGUGGAGGACUUGGAGCUAGCGGUGCGUGCGGCGAACAAGGCGCGGUCGACCGCCGAAGCGGAGGCGCUGGAGGCGGCCGCGGCGCUGGAGGAGUCGGCGCGCGCGCGCAACGACGCGGCCGAGCGCGCGCUCGCCGCCUCGCGCGACGCGGCCGCCGCGCGCGCGCAGCUCGACGACGCCGAGGAGGAGGCUGCGGAGCUGCUGAAGAAAUACCGUGCGAGCACGCAGUCGCUGUGCGCGGCGCAGGCGCAGACGCGCGAGGCGGAGUGCCGCGCGGAGGCGGCGGCGGAGGAGGCGCGCGCGGCGCGCGAGCGUCUGGCCGAGCUCAGUGCGCGCCUGGCCACCGCCGAGGCCGGACACGACCACGAGCACCACGAGGCCGAGCGGCGGCUGGAACUGCGCAAUAAGGAAUUAGAGUCCAGCCUAGAGUUGGAGGCGACAUCGCGCGCGCGGCUGGAGGGGCAGCUGGCGCGGCUGCGCGACGCGCACGAGGCGCUGGCGGGCGAGCUGGCGGCCGCGCGCUCCAAGGACCACCUCGCCGCCGAGGAGCUGCGCAAGCUGACGCGGCAGCUUAGAGAGCUAAAAGAAGAGAAUUCAUCUCUCAACACGAAACUGAGCGAGGCGUCGCGCGCGCGUGCCGCGGCCGAGGCGUCCGCGCAGGCGGCGGCGGCGGAGGCGGCGGCGGCGCGCGACGAGGCGCGGCUGGCGGCGCGGCGCGCCACCGCGCUGCAGGAGGCCAUCGCCGGCGACCUCUCCAGCCCGGCGGACUCGAGGGACACUGACAGUGAAAACGACAGUUAUAGCUCUGACGAAUCGAUCGGAACAUUUUUAGCAAAUCACAAGUUGAGUCCGUCAGCGCCCUCGCGCAGCAGCAUGCAGCUGGACUCCCAAAAAUCUCACAGCCCGGAAGGCCGUCAGAGCCGCACGAGCGUGGGGUCCGGCUCCAAGCCGCUGAGCCCCACGAAGGAGUCGUACGCA